AUGCGGACUUUGGUUCUGCUCCAGCUCCUUCUGGCCGUCGGCGUCGCGGCUCGACAACUCGGCGAUGCUCAAUUCAACGGAAGGAUCUUCUGCCACGGAAACCCCCUGGAGUUCACCGCCGUUUCUCUCAUCACCGACUGUUAGUUUUUUUUCGUUUCCAAAGAUCUUAACAAAAAAGUUUCGAAACAUCUAGGUUGUAGUCCAAAGAUGCAGUAAAGGGAAAUGAGACCACAGUUCAAUUUUAAACUAAAAAAAUAACUCUCAAUUUUUUUUCUGGGUGAAAAUCUGAGUGCGAGUUUGAAAAAAAUGACAUAUAUAUAGAAGGGGAGAACUUUUUUUGUAGGAAAAAUCCAUAUACCACCUGAAAAAGCUAGCAAAAAGUUCUAGAGAAAACAAAGUUCAAUUAUUUAUUAUUAAUUCUUUUUAUUAGGAAUCGAUAAAUCUUCAUAUGAUUCGAUAACUUUGAAGCCACUUCAAAUGAAAUCUUCAAAAGAUUUUACAAAAAACGAAAGAUUUUUUUAAAACAAGUUUUUUUGCUGCGCUUCAUUAUCGCAAUUUAACGUGACGUCAAUUGAAAUGUUAUCAGUAACCUUUUAAACAGCUCUUUUUCUUUCAUUUUCGUGAUUGACUUCAAAAAACUGGAGCCAAACUCUUACCAUUGCUAAAAUCUUGACAGUUAAUUGCAUAAUGGGGCUAUAAACUUUUCGAAAACAAUCAUGGGAAAAAUAAAUUUGAUCUACAAAUCAAUGAAGCUUCAAAAGACUAGAAUUAGUUUUAAAAUUAAAGUUUAGCCUCUAAAGUAUUGUAAAUAUAUGAAUGCUCCCGAUAUUUUUGCCUAGAAACUCUAUGGUUCCACUUUGAAUGUCUUAAAGAGUAUCAGAGUACCUAUCAACUUCAUAUCGUCAUGACUAAUAGCCUUUAAGUCGGUCGCGUCGAGCCAUUCAACGUGCGACAAUAGUCUGAGCAAGUGAACCGUUUUUUCUUUCUCAACAACGGUCAGCACCCGUUAUUUUCAGUCCCUCGCCCACGUUUGUUUUAUUUUCGAGGAUGAAAAGUCGCGUUCCAUUACGUCAUAAGGUCAUUUAUCAGAGGGCCGCUACAUGUACUUAUCAGUGACGCGCAUUCCUUGCUCAUGGUAACAUCGCAUCGAACUAGAUUUUCAAAACCCGUUCUCCGAGUAUUUUGAGUAAGAAGCAGGUCUUUAAACAAUGACUCAUUGGAUUGCGCAGCUCUAGAGAGAAAAACAAGAGAAACGGAGAAAAAAACGCCGCGUGGCUUUUCUCAUAGUAGUGUACCUGGAGAUUUUUAAAAACUGUUUGUUCUCUUUUUUCCGGGCUCAGAAAAGUGAGAGGGUCAUUAAGACAAGUGGUCUCUAAACUAUUUGCAAGGCAGUGAAGGAAAAAGAGAGGUUUCGAGGUAUCUCUAGUAUUUUGGUCUCAAGGAAGCCGUGAAUGGAGCAUCGGAAUUGAUAUGAAAAGAAAAAAUUGCAGCCGACGAGGUCGUCGACCACUACCUGGACCUCGCCAGAACCAAUGAAGAUGGUCGAUUUUCGGCCUUCACCCGAUUCAAUGGAAAAUUGACCAACUUGCGGCUUUCUAUCAAGCAUACUUGCGAAGUUCGGCGUCUUAUAAAGGUAAGAAAGAUUUUUUUCAAAGCUUAAAAAAAAAUGAAAUUUAGUUCGUAUAGCCUGUGUACCACGACUUGGAAUUUCACCAAACGACAUUCCGCGGUGCCGCUGCGCGCCUUUGCUAACCUUGGUCGCGCUUUAAAUUUUUUAUUUCUUUUAUUAAGAUACUCUACUUUCAUGUGCUCCCACAGCAAUAACAAUCAAUCGAAAGCAUGACCUAGAUUCGAAAGACGCUUCGCGAACGCACGCAGCGGAACAGCGGAAUGUCGUUUCCGUGAAAUUUCAAGUCGUGGCGCACAGACUAUAGUAGCUCGAAAGGAACCUUUCAAGUCUGAAACCGUGCCCAAAAAUUAACUUUCAAGCAUAUAGUAUACUUUUAAAAGACGCAGCAACAUUUUAUUUAUACAUGGAGUUUUAUAAUUAAUUACGAAAGACCUUUUUUGUAUUGAAAUACUUCCAGAAAUGUGAAAUCCCAUAUCUCCGCACGGUCGUCGCCCUCAACGGAACGAAACUUGCUAGUGAAUUCAAUGAAGAAGAGGUUGGUUGAAAAUUUUCUUGUUUUACCAAAAAAUACGCUUUCAGUUGCGAAUUGAGCUGUUCGACUAUGUGGAAGAAACUACUCGACACUGUCUUUUCUGAAGCCCUUUUUUAAAAUCCUAAGAAAUCGCCUGCUCCGCAUUCCCAAAAUCAGCAGGUGUCACGUUUUUCUAAUAAAUUAUCAUCCUACCCUGUAAAUUCGUUUUUUUGUGAAAAAUUGUAUGAAUAAACGUAUAAACCUUCCAAGACUAUUCUGAGAAAGCGGAGAAGCUGAAAGCCCUACAUAAAAGGUUAAAAAAAAAUUAUGAGCCAUCCUCUUCAGGACUUUUCAAAAGGUAAAAUAUGGAAUAAACAACCAGAUUUCAUGCGAUUUUCGAUAAUUCUAGGUCAAAGAUGUUCUUCCUUUCUUUUCUUUUUCCUACGCCUUUGAGCGGCGUCGGCGCCCCAGUCGAUUAGCCGAGGUCCUAAUAUCACUGACAAUCAAUGGACUGACUAUAGUGACAUAUCCGUCAUUUUGUGUAAGGGCGGGGGAUUGUGAAGCCGUGGUUUCCCACUACCAACACUACCAAUAGCCCCUUGGUUGCGUUGCAGCGGGGAUCGAACUUGUGACCCUGUGGACCAUAGACCAGCACACAACCUGUCGCUCUAGGUCGCAGGUCAAGGUUAUCUGAAGUUUCUUCUUCCUUUCUUCAGAAAAAAGUUCCUUCCUUUCAGAUCUUUUUCUGAUAUGUCUUGAGUCUUUUCCAUUACAACUAAUUCUCCGUUACGAAAAAACAACCUCUAUUCUGUAAACAGCCUUCCGCAAAAAUUACACUUCUUUCUCGAUAUGGUUGCCAGAGACAAAUACGAUAAUCGUAAGAGUAGCCGAUUUUCCCUUCUUCUUCUUCCGUUUUCCAAAAAACUAAAGCCGCCAUGUUUCUAUAAUAUCUAACCCAAAAAAAUUGAUAAGACUGCAUGAAGCGUGGAAAAAAGGCGCCAGACAGACAGUGCUAUUGCUCUUCCUAGCCAGCAUUGGCAAUGGUUUUUGUUCGGUUUCUCAUAUUAACAAAUUGUCACACCUCUUGACUUUUAAGGAAGAACAUUCAUUUAUCAGACAUAUGCCACUCAACCUCAUGUAUCCUCGUCUAAUAAACUUCCUAUUGUUCCUCAUUUUAUUCAAAUUCAUUUUGGGCUUCAGUCAUAAAAGAAUAGUGCUUCCGGCGCUAGAUGAAGCUAGCUUUCUGAGACGUCGACUUGUUUGCCAUUGCCAAGAAGGUCAAGGCCCUGUUUCACAUGCCGUAGUCCGCGUCAGAAAUGGUGAGUUGAUAGUACAACUUUCCGCUUUGACUUGUUAAUACCUAAAAUACCUAAAAUGUCUUUGUUACGAAAUCGAAGAUUUUUUCCUUUUUCAAAUAACUUCCAUAUAUUAUACAAGAAUUGUCAGAAUUUUUUUCAAUUUGCAGGGUCCCAACUUGUCGGUAAAGCCAAAGCCGAUAUAGACGGGUUCUUCGAGAUCGACUUCUCUCAACUACUUUCUGAGGGGUCUCCAUUUUUGCUGAAAAAGCUCGAACUUCAAAUACGACAUCAGUGUUGCCUACCUGGUAUUUAUAACUUUGUAAGUUUUUUUUGACUUAUUUCGGUAACAUUUUAUCGACAUCGUUAUUAAAUUCAAAAUUUCUAUCUACCGUAAAUAAAUACUCCGACUCACGGAAGAUUCUGGCUUCUCUGCGCGCUCUGUUCCCUCACUCCAUGAAAAAAGCAUCCUUGAGAGAGAAGAGAGUGCAGAGAAGACAGAAUCAUUUCUACUCGUCGCGAAUAAUGUUAUCAAAGAGUUAUAAGAAAGAUUGCGAAAUUUUUUUGAAUCUCGCUCUACUGAUAUAUUUUUGCAGCCCUGUGCGAUUCCUAUACAGAACACGGUCAUCCCGUUUGAACUACUCGAGGAUAAUCCUUCAUUUAUGGUUUGUUCCACUCUAGUUGAAAUUAUCAUCAAUUGAUUAUCAUUCCAGAGAAAAAUCGAUUUGGGACAUCCGGACAUCAGAAUGCACACCAGAAAAACUUGCACCGAGUGA